AGCACCCCCACGGCCUGCGUCGCGUCCUGCUCCUUUUUCGCGGAGUCUCCUCUCUUUCGUUCGCCUGGCUGGACCGUGUAUAAAUUGAGCAAUCCUCGACAGAGAUGUCACUCAGCAGUCCCCGGCAGCCCCAUCAGCAGCCAUGAAGUUCUUGAUCCUCGCCGCCCUGGUGGCCGUGGCCGCCGCCGACUACCACGAUGACACCUUCCACUUCUCGUCGCUGGGCAGCGCGACCGGCCUGAGCGGCCUGAGCGGCCUCCAGAAGAGCUCCCUGAAGCAGUACACCGUGCAGGCCGUGCCCGCCUACCGCCAGCAGUACGCCGUGCAGGCCGUGAGGCAGGUGGCCGCGCCCGUGUUCGCCCAGGUGGCCGUCCAGCAGCCCGCCGUGCUGCAGUACUCGCAGUACUCGUCCGCGCCCGCCGCCUUCGCCAGCAGCGCCAGCUACUCCGGCCUCAACGCCCCCAAGUGGCGCAUCGUGUCCCAGGUCCAGGAGGCCGACCCCGCCGGCCCCUACAAGCUGAGCUACGCCACCGAGAACGGCAUCCAGGUCAGCGAGCAGGGCUCCCUGGUCAACAGCGCCGAGGGCCCCGCCGUGGCCGCCCAGGGCUCCUACUCCUACAACGGUGACGACGGCCAGGUCUACUCCGUGAGCUACGUGGCCGACGAGAACGGCUUCAGGGCCGCCGGCGACCACCUGCCCACCCCUCCGCCAAUCCCCGCCGAGAUCCUCCGGUCCCUGGAGGAGAACGCCCGCAGCGGCGAGCAGUACGACGAGCAGGGCAGGCUCCUCAGGAACUGAAAAGAGCCUCCUCUUCUGUGAUAUUCGACCGUGAAAAUAGUAUCCUCUCCGAAUCGGAGAACAAACGAGUGUACAAAUAAAUCAAUAAACAUAUAAGCAAA